AUGGCUGGCAUUAACACAGGUGACGAGAAACUUGUAUUUGAAUCGUCGGAAGCCGUCUCCGUUGUUUCGACGUUCGACGACCUCGGUUUGAAGGAAGAUCUUCUUCGGGGAAUCUACGCAUACAACUUUGAGAAGCCUUCAGCUAUCCAACAGCGCGCAAUUUUACCCAUUACGCAAGGCCGGGAUGUCAUCGCACAAGCCCAGUCAGGAACUGGUAAAACUGCCACAUUCUCUAUCUCCAUCCUCCAAUCCAUCGACGUCACCGUUCGCGAAACCCAAGCCCUCGUUCUGUCGCCCACGCGUGAACUUGCCACGCAAAUUCAAUCCGUUGUUCUUGCCCUCGGCGACUACAUGAAUGUCCAAUGUCAUGCCUGCAUUGGCGGUACGUCUAUCGGAGAGGACAUCAGGAAGCUGGAAUAUGGCCAACAUGUCGUUUCUGGCACUCCCGGGCGCGUGUUUGAUAUGAUUCGGAGAAGGAGUUUGCGAACGCGAAACAUCAAAAUGCUUGUUCUGGACGAAGCCGAUGAACUACUCAACAAGGGUUUCAAAGACCAGAUUUACGACGUCUAUCGGUACCUUCCCCCCGCCACCCAAGUUAUCCUUCUCAGCGCUACCCUCCCCUAUGACGUUCUAGAAAUGACGACAAAAUUCAUGACAGACCCCAUUCGCAUCCUCGUUAAGCGUGACGAAUUGACGCUGGAGGGAAUCAAGCAGUUUUUCGUAGCUGUUGAAAAGGAAGAUUGGAAAUUCGACACACUGUGCGACUUGUAUGAUACCCUCACCAUCACUCAGGCGGUUAUCUUUUGCAAUACAAGACGCAAGGUUGACUGGUUGACGGAAAAAAUGCGAGCUUCAAAUUUCACUGUAUCAUCAAUGCACGGUGAAAUGGUACAAAAAGAGCGUGACGCCAUUAUGGCCGAAUUCCGUGGUGGAACUUCACGCGUUUUGAUCACGACGGAUGUGUGGGCCCGAGGUAUCGAUGUUCAGCAGGUUUCAUUGGUCAUCAAUUACGAUCUUCCUGCCAAUCGCGAGAACUACAUCCAUCGCAUUGGUAGAUCAGGUCGCUUUGGAAGGAAGGGUGUUGCCAUCAACUUUGUCACUGUUGAUGAUGUUCGAAUCUUGCGGGACAUCGAACAAUUCUACAGCACGCAGAUAGACGAAAUGCCUGUCAAUGCUGCUGAGCUUAUCUGA